UAGUCGACUGUACGAGUCGUACAGUUGGUCCCAUGUGAUAAAGUUUAAUUAUUUAUUUUUAAUAAAAUGAUAUACCUGUCGACAGCAGCACUUUUACUGUGCGCUGCAUCAGCUCAGGGGGAAGGUUACUUGUACAUUGAUGACUGCUAUAUUACCGAAAGCAAUGAGGAAUAUUUCGAUCUAGAUAAAUCGACAGUUACGGUGAACGAGGUGAACGAUACGUACAAUACGAUGAAUUUAAAAAUGAUCAUCAUCAGUGAAUUACCGGAAGAUGUUAGGGUUGAAUUGUCUAUCUGGGAAGAAAUUAUGGGUGAGUACACUAUACCUGCCGGAUUCGAUAUAUCCCUACCCAUCUGCGAAAUGCUCGACGAACCACUCAUUGGUGCCUCGUUCUUAAAGGCCGUGGGUUUCACAAAGGAUAAUUGUCCACCACUGCCGGGAGAAUAUGGAAAUCCAUCAUAUUUUCCGCUAAUACAGAACUUACUACCACCGUCCUUACCACAUCGCAAGUACAUGGUGAGUUUUGCAUUGUUGUUGGAUGACGAGUUGUUAUUGAAGGCAGAAAUUUUUAUAGUUGUCAAUUAAAAGAAAAAAUGUUUAAUUAAAAAGAAUUGAGGUUUUUGUUAUUAACAGAAGAAGUUGAAUGACUUUUUGUAAUCUCCCUUAUUAUCCAAAAUUAAGAGAGGUUAAGUAAAUCUCUGUCAUUGACUUCGGCACGUUGAACGAUAAUAUAAGGUCAGUUUAAAUAACUUGAAAAAAAUAUAUGUAUGCCACCAGA